AUGCCCUCCAAGAAUUCUGUCAACAGACCAAAGCUUACUGAGAACCUUCGUCACAAGAACCAUGCUCUUGCAAGGAAAAGAGCAGACCGUGAGAGGAGGGGUUUGAUAAAUCCACCAAGAUCACACGAGGAUUCCAAGAGUGGACAAGCCAAAUCUGAAUCAGUUGACCUAUAUUUGAAGGGAAAUCCCCAGGGUAGUGUCAUCACAACCAAGACCUUGUCAAAGAAGCGUCAACAGAAGAUUGAAAGAAAUAUGAAAUAUGCAGAGAAGAGGAAAUUGCUUACUGAUGUGCAGGCAAAAUUAGAAGAUGAGAUGGAUGUGGAAGAUGAGAAUGAGCCCAAGGAAGAAAGUAAACGUUCUGUUAAGGACGCAUUCUGGAGCGCAUUAGAAGAUACUCAAAGUAGUGCAAAUCUCUGUCAAGAUGGCCAAGGUACAACGCUUGGUGGGCCAUUAUACCCUUAG